AGUCCAGAAGUAUACUCGCCAUGUCGUACUAUGAGCAUAUUGUUUUUGACUAUGACUUCAAUGACACUGGUUCAGGGUCUGGAUCAGGAGAACUGGGAGUGGAUUUGGAUGAGCCCUGUGAUGUGGAGCACUUGAUGACGGCUGAAUUACAACAGGUCUUUUUACCUGUGGUCUAUGCGCUCAUCUUUACUCUGGGCAUCACUGGAAAUGGACUUGUGGUCAUAGUGUUGGGAUGCCAGCGCAGGUCCAAGUGUAGUCUGACAGACCGGUACCGCCUGCACCUCUCGGCUGCAGACCUCCUGUUUGUUCUUGCUCUUCCCUUUUGGGCGGUGGACGCUGCUCUGGCUGACUGGUGUUUUGGAGCUGUUACGUGUGUGGGUGUUCACGUCAUUUACACUGUGAAUCUGUACGGGAGUGUCCUCAUCCUUGCCUUCAUCAGCCUGGACCGGUAUUUGGCUGUGGUCCGAGCCACUGACACCAACACCGGGGGACUGAGGCAGCUGCUGGCACACAAACUGGUUUAUGCAGGUGCGUGGUUGCCUGCUGCGCUCUUAGCCAUCCCUGACCUGAUUUUUGCCAGGACUCAGCAAGGAGCUGAGGGAACCACUCUUUGCCAACGCUUCUACCCAGAAAAGAAUGGUCCUUUGUGGGUGGCAGUGUUCCACCUGCAGCUUGUUCUGGUGGGUCUAGUGGUGCCCGGCCUGGUUCUACUGGUCUGUUACUGCGUCAUUGUCACAAGGCUGACAAGGGGCCCGCUUGGAGGACAGAGACAGAAGAGGAGAGCUGUUCGGACCACCAUAGCUCUAGUGCUGUGCUUUUUUGUGUGCUGGCUGCCCUAUGGAGCGGGUAUCUCUGUGGACGCAAUGUUGAGACUGGAGAUCUUGCCUCGUAGCUGUCACCUUGAAGCUGUUUUAGGGGUGUGGCUGGCUGUGGCUGAACCAAUGGCCUUCGCUCACUGUUGUUUGAACCCACUUUUGUAUGCCUUCCUCGGGGCAGGAUUCAAAAGCUCAGCCCGCAGAGCCCUGACACUGAAUAGGGCAUCGAGUUUAAAGAUUUUACCUCGAAGACGCACAGGACAGUCCACAACAACAGAGUCCGAAUCAUCCAGUCUGCACUCUAGUUAGGUUCACUGGAGCAGCCAUAUUGUAAAUACUGUAUGAAGUGACUUGUAGAAAGUUUCUCAUAGAAAUUUGGAAACUGGAGAAGCAGUCUGCUGGACCAUGACUAGACUUUAGUUUCUGAUGUAAAUAGUGUUUUCACAGUUGUGUUU